AUGGCGCAUCCCCCAGGCAACAUCCUUUACGGGGAUGUCCCGUACCAGCAAAGAUGGGAGUUUCUUAGACCCAUCAUAACACAACUGUAUGUCGAGCAAGACAUGUCAGCCAGUGAAGUGGCUAGUACGAUGAAUGCCGAUCACGGGUUCGUUGCCCGGGAAGAUCAGUACAAAUAUCAAUUUCGGAAAUGGAAAAUAAAAAAGAAUCUGAACAAGUCGCUGAAGCGCAAGAUGAUGGACAAAGGAGAGGAGAGGGCCGGUGAUGGGAAACGAACUGCAUUUUCUCUCGGUGAUAAACCAGUCGAUAACAAGAGGCUUCUUCGUGAGGUCAAACGAGAGAGCAAGAUUGACAUGGCGUUGACCCCAUCGGCGAACGGGCAGACGGAUAUGCAACGAAUGUUGCCUGGGUUUGGACUACAGGCAGGUCCUGGCAUAUUCCUCGCGUGGAACAGACCGUACGGCGCUAUGAGUCUUGUGAACGAUCCUACCUCCCCUUUUGGUCAAGCCAUAUCAACCCCGGGUGAUGUCGUGGUAGCAACUCCCGAAUCCAACAACGCACCUUCCCCCAUGGAUGCCCCAUCCCCAUUUUCCAAAGCCCUCACAAUAAAAAGAUCUCUCGAGCGAACGAGGAUGUUUGUGGAUGGAAGAUUUGAUGAUCUUCUCAAAUCAAUGAACAAGAAAGAGGCCGUGAUAAUAUCUUCUUGGUUGCACGAGUUCUGGUUCUAUGCAUUCAAAACGGCCAAGCAUUGGGGCACUGGGCCUCGUUACUGGAAUGCUGAUCUCCUCGGGUUUGAGAAUUCAUUGCAUCAAAGCCCUGAUAGUAACCAACACGAUUUAUCCAUUUCGGACAGUCCUGGUCCUUCUCGCCGGAUUUCAGAAGCCCCAGUCGUCGAGCCAUCUCAACUCUGUCGUUGGAGCAUUCAUUACAGCUGCAGUAUCAAGUACGAGGAGAUCCCCGAGCAAGAUACUGCUCCCCACUCUAUCCUCGACGAGAAUUCAAACAACUGGAGCCCAUGGCCAGCUAGUUGGCAAGAGCCUCCAUUUCAGGAGCGACUCAUUUCGGGCCUGGAAUCGAAUGACUUCAGCCAAAUUAAUCCCGAUACACUUCCUGUGGCUGCCCCACAAAUUGCGAGAGCCGCUGCUCAAACACCCGACGUUCUUCUACGGGAAAGUUUGGGGUUUGCGAUCUUGGGGCGUAAUUUUGAAUUAACGGAGAAAAUCUGCGACCAAAUUCGAGACCACAAAAUGGAUCUGGGUGACCUUAAUCCUCUGCACAUGGCGAUCAACUUCUUGGAUGGUGCAAGAUCAUGCUGCAAUAUUUUUGCUUACCUUGUUACCGAUUCGUUUGGUCUGAGAACUGUACGAGAUCGCCGCCGGUUGUAUAUUAAUGUUAUGGAUCACACCUUGCUGGACAGCCUUAUGAUCGCCAUAUUGAAGUCGCACACCUCUACGGCACCUGGAAUAGUGGAUGAGCGCUUCGUGGGUCACAACCAUUUUAGAGGUCAAGAGGUUGACAUCUGCGGUCGUUGGGAUGCGGACUCGCCAUCAUUUCGUUCUCUGUCGCAACGAGAGAGAGAUAUCCCUAUGACCUGGAAACAUAAGUUUUGUCACACCUCUAGUCAAGCAAUAUGUCAUUGUAUGGCUAUGUUAUACCUUUCCCAGAUUUACUUCAGCGAAAUGAAUUUACCGAGCGGGAUAUAUCUGAAAUAUUGCUCCGAAUGUGGCUUGAAGCUACACCUGACUCCCCUACAUGCUAUAGUUGUCACUGCAUUCAACCUAGCCACUUUUGGCUGUGAGGAUGAGGACCUAUUUGGCAUACUUGCAUGUCUCCUUACAGCAUUACACUGCGAACUAGAUCCAAUCGCAAAGUCGGACCUGUCACCUGAAUUGCUCUUCGGGGAACCAUCAGACAGUGCGGGCUGUGGACACCAGAUGCUCACCCCAGCCGAACUCGCAGACCGAGUGCCUAGAAAAUAUAUCACAUCCUGGUCCCCCGAAACUCGUACGGGAUGGGAGCUUUUUCGACUAACGCUUUGGAAGGCUACCAGUGCUCGGCUAGCAAAAGCACGUGUUGAUGAUGAGGAUAUGGAAUCACCAGACGAAUAUGAAAAUUCCUGCAACGCCCACGGACGUCAAAUUGCGUUCAAUGGACAGUGUCAAGUCAAUAAUCUCUUUGCUGCUGUGCAGGCAGAGCUUGUGACAUACCGACGUAUCCAGGAAACUGAUCCUUGGAUCUCGGAGAAUAUUGAUCUACACAAUCUUGUUCAAGAUUUGAGGGAGGGGGAUAACCCCCAGCUCUCAAUCGGAACGUUUCAAAAGAAUAUCUUGAAGCCAAUCUGCUCAUGCGGAACGUUUAAUAACUUUCCGAUAGUAAAGGCUGAAGAUACCUGCACUCAUUAUAUAUCCAAAAUGGAUAUUUGGUCCAGGACAACGUUUAUCCCAUUUCCAGAGACCGGUUACUAG